AAAAAAAAAAAUCGUGUGGCAAAAUGCAAGUUUAGUUCUGGUAUAGAAUAGAAUUAUAGGAAAUAUUAAUAUAAUUGAAUAUAGGGCACUUCUCGUGAGUCGACUCGCCCAGUCGCCAGGGUGGCUCAAAAUUCCAAAACUCAGAGCAAUUUAGCUGCAGCAUUCCAACAAACAAUGAAGAGGAUUGUCGCAAGAAAAUUUGGCUCAAAUUUUUAUAGAUUGAGAAUUCCAUGGAGGCCAUUUUGCACUGACGCAUCCCAAAUAUUAUCUAGGUCAAAUGCUGGUGACCCUAAAAAGGAGAGUGAAGGUCAACAAUAUGACAUUGCGAUUGUUGGAGGUGGCAUGGUUGGCCUGGCUCUUGCUUGUUCCUUAGCUACCAGACCGUUAACAAAACAUUUGAAUAUUGCCAUCAUCGAUAGCAAUCCGGCUUUGGGGAGAAAACACUUCAUUAAGAAAGAAGACCUCCCUGAUCCCAGGGUCAGUACAGUUACACCUGCGACUAUAUCUUUCUUCAAAGAUAUUGGUGCUUGGCAAUAUGUUGAGCGGCAUCGACAUGCCUAUUUUGAUAAGAUGCAGGUUUGGGAUUAUACUGGUCUAGGUUAUGCAAAAUACAAUGCCAGGGAUGCUGACAGAGAUGUACUCGGGUGUGUGGUGGAGAAUAAGGUGCUACUUAGUUCUCUGCUGUCACGUGUGCAGGAUACAGAUUUGCAGAAGAAAAUAUACCCAUCAAGAUUGACUUCAAUGUCUAUACUACCAAAUUGUUCAUCCUUGGAAGUGGACAGCACAUUGUCAGUAACUACAUUAUUCAGUCAUGGGCGUUUAGUGAAGUUAGAACUGGAGGAUGGCAAUAGCCUAUAUGCAAAGUUGUUGGUAGGAGCAGAUGGUGGAAAGUCACGAGUUAGAGAGUUAGCAGGAUUCAGAACAACUGGAUGGAACUACUCACAAAAUGCCAUCAUUUGUACUGUAGAACAUGCUGUGGAAAAUCAUUGUGCAUGGCAGAGGUUUCUACCUGCUGGUCCAAUUGCACUUUUGCCAAUAGGUGAUAAGUUUAGCAAUAUUGUUUGGACUAUGAACUCAAAAGAGUCUUCGGAGUUCAAAUCAAUGAGUGAGGAUGACUUUCUGAAGGCUGUAAAUUAUGCUCUGGAUUAUGGGUAUGGUCCUCAUCCUACAUCAAGCUUAUUGGGUAAUGCAGACAUUUUUUCUUGGUUCAAAGGAGAUAUCUCCAGGUCGGCUAAUGAUUGCUUUGAAAUUCCACCAAAAGUAGUCAAGUUGGCCUCUGAAAGAAUGGCUUUCCCAUUAUCCUUAAGGCAUGCUAAUGACUAUGCAUCAAAGCGUGUUGUUCUAAUUGGUGAUGCAGCUCACACUGUACAUCCUUUGGCUGGCCAAGGAGUUAAUUUGGGUUUUGGAGAUGCGUCUACUCUUUCAAGUGUCAUUUCUGAGGGUAUUGCAGUAGGCAUUGACAUUGGGGAGGUAUCAUUACUGAAGAAAUAUGAAACAGACAGAAAACCAGCAAAUGUUAUGAUGAUGGCAGUUCUGGAUGGUUUUCAGAAGGCAUACUCUGUUGAUUUUGGUCCUUUAAAUAUUUUACGAGCUGCUGCAUUUCAUGGGGCUCACUAUAUUUCACCACUUAAAAAGAGCAUCAUCUCUUAUGCCUCAGGGGAGCAGAGAUUGCUACUAUUUUCUUGAAGACCUUCAUAAAUGUGUUUCCGGAUGCUAGAUAAUCACAGAUAAAUUAGGUAAGAGUUUUCCCUUCAUCAUCUUGUACCGGAGUAACUUUUUUCGGUAAAGACCAAAAGAAUAAUUGUAAAAUGUAACUUUGAUAUGAGACGACUUGCAUGUCAGGGAAUAGCGCCUUAGUAGUUGUCAGAAACUGUGGAAGCAUUACUUCAUGCAUUUUCGUUCUGUUAGUGUUCUGUCUUUUGGAAAAAAAGGGGGAAAAAUUUCUUAAUGGCCACAAAUACGGUUAUACUGAAGAAGAAAAAGACUCAUUCCGAAAGAGAGGGAGGGGGUAUUCCAAAUGGACUACAAGAAACCAACAAAGAGGUAUCAUAUUCCUUGUGGAUUUCAAGAGGGUAGGUGUGGUGUGGAAUGAUUUAUUAUCAGGCAGCCAAGAAUUCCAAUGAUUCUUUACUUUUGUUUCUUUGUCCUCUUAGUUGUAUUCUAUUCUCUGGUAUCGAGCUUCUUUACUUUAGCUUGAAUCACAUAUGCUAAAAUAGAUGGUAAGAGAUUAAAAGGAAAAGAUAGAAAAUUUGAGGUUAAGCCUACUUCCGAUGAGCUCUCAAAUGGAUGUAUUUGAGAAUCCAUUUAGUGUUAAUGUGUUAAGCAUCAUGUUUUCAACAGAUUCUCUGCUAGCUACAAAUCCUAACUUAUGUUUCAUUCAUAUUGUUUCUACUCAGCUUAUACAUAAUUUGAAUCUGAAUGGUUAAAAAAU